AUGCAUUUGCAAACUACCACACCAGAGCGCGGGGGAGAACAGCCAACUGCGUCUGCCGGGCGGACAGCCGAGGAUAAUAGUGUUCAGGAGCAUCAUCAACAUCAUCAGCAUGGCGGUGAUGGCCUUUGUGACGGAAGCUCUCCCAACAUGGCAGCAUCCGUGACUGUGGUAAGCCAAGGGAAGACGCACUAUGAGGGGGACUCAUCUUUGUGGUGUUUCUUCCGUUCAGAGUGUGGAGGGACAACCAUCCAUUCCAUGUCAAACAUUGGCUUCGGCACUGAUUGGAAAACAGCCGCUCUUCAGGCGCUCCCCCCUCAAGAUGUUGUCGAAUUUUUGACAACAACUUUUUUUCAACUGGCGCAAACGAACUAUUUCUGCGUGCAUGCAGAAAUAUUUUCACGAAAACUCAAGGCCUUCUACGGGGGCACGCAUGAGUUUGAAUCUCAUAAUCCACUCAGUUCAAGAAAAUCAAUUGAGUUCUUGUCGGUAUUAUUUAUGGUCCUUGCAAUAGGAAGUCAAUUUGCCGAGGUUGGUGUUAUCGACAGCGGCCAAUUGUCCAUGUCAGAUGAUGAUUUCAUAAAUGAGGAGUUUCUCAAAGGAGAUUUGACUUCUCCCUACAACCUGUCUCGAAUCAAAGUACCAACCCCAGCUCAGAAUCCGGGCUGGAGAUUCUACGAGGUAUCUCGGAGACUGUUACCAGACAUCGUCUCGUCAUCAUCAAUAGCAAGUAUCCAAGUCUGCCUCCUUCAAGGGAUAUACCUCCCAAGCACAACGAGUCGGGAUGCCGGGUACAACUUGCUAGGGCUGGCUCUCAGGAUGGCCAUCAACAUGGGGCUACAUCGGCAUUUCGUGUCUGAAUCCAUACACCCAGAUAUUCGCGAACUGCGCAACCGUCUCUGGUGGAGUAUAUACGUCGCGGACAGGCUUUACAGCAUCGAAAUGGGUCGGCCCCUGGCCAUCAACGACGCCGAAAUCAACGCACCGUAUCCAGUGGACGUUUCAAGCUGGACUGAUGUCCACGGACAACCAAGAAAGGUAGACGGGCUAGUCUCUCUGGCACGAAUUUGCCGUAUUCUAGGCAAGAUUGUAGACGCAGUCUAUUGCAAGCCUGCCUCCGAGAAGGGCGCCACCAUCCGACCUCACGAUCUGCAGCUGCUGAAGGAUGAAUUGGGAGACUGGAAGAAAAGCUUACCCGCAAACAUCAAGUUUGAAAAUUUCACGACCCGAUACGAGGCGCACCUGGCUUUGACAUAUGAGCAAUCCAUCAUCCUACUGACUCGCUCUUGCUUGCACUGCGCCGUCGCGACGUGUCGUCCUGCGAACAGUCUGGAGGCCAGUGCGACAAGGUUUCUACGUCAACAAGCCCAAGAGUGUGUGAACGCAGUAGUUUCUUCUAUCCGGGUACUGGGUGCCCUAAAAGAUUUGUCCUUGUUAUGUCGCUUCUACUUUCAUGAUUCAUUAUACUGCAGUUCAGCUCUGUACGUUCUGAUUUUUGCAAGUCGUAAGCUGGCGGGUUCUGUCUCUGUCCCUCAGAAUUCCAUCGUGCAGGGCAUUCGCAUCCUCCUAGAACUCGCUAAGGGAAGUGAAGCAGCAGGAUUAAGCUUGAGGCGGAUCACACAGGCCCUUGCGAGCUGUCCUAGGAACCUAAGUGCCGGCAAUACCAACAGUAGCACCCUCCGAAACACGGAAAAUGGUGUUUCUGGGGAACGGGGGCGGUCCGCGUGGAAAGCUUGGAAGAGGGCAGUGACAGAUUCCCAGUCUCACGGCCGGAUUUCAUCCACGAAGAAUCGAAUGCCCUGGAACGAACCCAUGGCAGGCUCAUGUGUUCCAGCAUUUGGCCUUACCCCGGUAUCAGAACAGCAAAUACAAGCAGAAGCUUCAAGGUAUUCUUACAACCCACACCAUGAAACGAAUGAAAAUUUUGAUGGUGGUGUGAGUAUGGAGCCUCUACCUCUACAAGUGGAUGACGAUGUGGACACAAUGGUACCGGAGCAUCCAGACUUUGACAAUAUAGGUCGAGGCCUUGGGUCAGCAUUGGAGCUUGACUUUUGA